AUGCCCGUCCUGUUCGGCGCUGGCAUACAGAAGGAGCACCUCCCACAACGUCCCUUUGCUCAUUCCUGCCCCCAGCUGCCACUGGGGCUGCAGGGUCAGCUCCGGCUAGUGAAUGGCUCCAACCAGUGCUCUGGACGGGUGGAGGUUUGGUACCGCAAUGAGUGGGGAACGGUGUGUGAUGACAACUGGGACAUGAGAGAUGCCUCUGUGGUGUGUAGGCAGCUCGGCUGUGGAGAGGCAGUGUCAGCCCCAAGUAAUGCUUAUUUUGGGAGUGGCUCUGGGACUAUCUGGCUGGACGACGUUAACUGCAGUGGGGAGGAGGAGCUCCUCACUGAGUGCUCGCUGCAGGCUUGGGGACAGCACAACUGCAGGCACAGCGAGGAUGCAGGUGUUGUGUGCUCAGGUUGGCCCAAGGACUGCAGCGAAAUCCCUGCUGGCAGCCCCAGCGGCGUCUACGUCAUCCAGCCCACAGGGCUGCACCCCAUCGUGGUGUACUGCGAAAUGAACGUGACGGACGGGGGCUGGACGGUCAUCCAGAGGAACCGGCAGAGCACGGAGAUCACCUGGGCUGAGUCCUGGAGCACCUACAAGUACGGCUUUGGGAACGUGCACACCGAGUACUGGCUGGGCACCGAGUACAUCCAUCAGAUCUCCCAGCAGAAGGUCUACCAGGUCAGGUUUGUCAUCUGGGAUGCCGCAAACACCACCAAGUUUGCAGACUACAGCCUCUUCAGCGUGGAAGAUGAGUCCCAGGGCUACCGGCUGAGGCUGGGCUCCUACUCAGGGACAGCAGAGGAUGCCAUGGCCUCAAAGACUCCCAGCACUCUGCACGACAACAUGAAGUUCUCCGCCAAAGAUCUGGAUCAGGACGCUUACAGCGGGAACUGUGCCUCCAGCUAUGGGGGCGGGUGGUGGUACUCGGCGUGUUAUUCUGUACGGCUGAACGUCAAGGGGGGCAUAACGUGGGGCAGCCUGUGCAACGGGAACUGCAAAGCUUCGGCCAUCCUCAUCAAACCCAUUACCUACUGCUAG